UCCUUCAUUUUUCAUUCAAGUAUUCAUUCAAAUAUUUAUUCAUUAAGUGAUCGAGUGAAAGAAAGAGGAAGAGAAAAGAGUGAAAAUGGCGCAAGAAACGAGUAAUCGUAUUGUAGCUGUUGAUGUGACUCCUUCUACAACACCAGUUCAUGAUCCCUCAAUGCACGAUCAGAGACCAGGAUGGAGAAAGUUCUUGUCAUAUAUAGGCCCCGGUUUUCUUGUCUCAUUAGCAUACCUUGAUCCUGGAAACAUGGAAACUGAUUUGCAAGCUGGAGCUAACCACAGAUAUGAGCUGUUAUGGAUAAUUCUUAUUGGACUCAUAUUUGCGCUUAUAAUUCAAUCAUUGGCUGCAAAUCUUGGAGUAUGCACUGGAAAACACCUUUCAGAAGUUUGUAAAGCUGAGUAUCCAUUAUUUGUGAAGUACUGCUUGUGGAUAUUAGCUGAGCUUGCUGUCAUUGCUGCAGACAUACCUGAAGUUAUUGGGACAGCCUUUGCCCUUAACAUACUAUUCAAAAUCCCAGUAUGGGUUGGAGUUUUGUUGACUGGCUGCAGCACUCUCUUGUUUUUGGGUCUGCAAAGAUUUGGGGUAAGGAAAUUGGAACUGUUGAUAUCAAUAUUAGUAUUUGUAAUGGCUGCAUGUUUCUUUGGAGAAAUGAGCUACGUAAAACCCCCAGCUUCUGGUGUCAUAGAGGGAAUGUUUGUCCCUAAACUCAAUGGAGAUGGAGCUGUAGCAGAUGCUAUUGCCCUUUUGGGUGCCCUUAUCAUGCCGCACAAUCUUUUUCUUCACUCUGCUCUAGUGUUGUCUAGAAAAAUACCCGGUUCUGUGCGUGGUAUCAAUGAUGCAUGCAGAUACUUUCUCAUUGAGAGUGCAUUUGCUUUGUUUGUGGCAUUUCUAAUCAAUGUUGCAAUGAUUUCUGUGACUGGCACCGUUUGCUCUGCCGAUAACCUAUCUGCAGACGACACUGAUCGCUGCAGUGAUCUUACCCUUAACUCUGCUUCUUUCCUUCUCCAGAAUGUGUUGGGACGUUCAAGCUCAACAAUUUAUGCCAUAGCGUUGCUAGCCUCAGGACAAAGUUCUGCCAUCACUGGAACCUAUGCAGGACAGUUUAUCAUGCAGGGUUUCUUGGAUUUAAAGAUGAAAAAAUGGAUUAGGAACUUGGUGACUAGGAUUAUUGCCAUAGCACCUAGUCUUGUUGUCUCUAUCAUUGGUGGUUCCUCUGGAGCUGGAAAGCUUAUUGUCAUUGCGUCGAUGAUACUUUCUUUUGAGCUUCCAUUUGCUUUAAUUCCACUCCUUAAGUUUAGCAGUAGCAGUACCAAGAUGGGACCUCACAAGAAUUCUAUGAUUAUCAUUGUCAUCUCAUGGAUACUGGGUUUUGGAAUCAUCAGUAUCAAUGUGUACUACCUCAUUACAGCUUUCGUAGGUUGGAUAAUUCAUAGCAGUCUACCAAAGGUUGCAACUGUGUUCAUUGGGAUCAUAGUGUUUCCUCUAAUGGCACUCUAUAUUGUAUCAGUUAUCUAUCUAACCUUUAGAAAAGACGUUGUUAAAACAUUUGUGGAGGUGAAGGAUGAUCCAGCAAUGCAAACCCACGUGGAAAAGGGGUUUGUAAACAAUGGUCAGGUAGAGUUGAAUCAUGCUCCUUACAGAGAGGAUUUAGCUGAUAUAGCACUACCAGAAGGACCUAGGCUAUGAGUAAAAUGCAGCAACAACUUCACAGUGCUUUCAAGUCAUUUUAGUGAGCAAUGAGAAUCUGAUGAUGGCUGAUUCUCAAUGAUUGUGUACUACAGUAAAAAAUGUUAGUUUCAUGGUUUCUAUGUUAUUGCAUAAGUUUACAAGAAAAUUAGAUUAGUAUAAGCCCCCCAAAGUUAAAUUGUCUUCCAAUUUCUUGAAUAAUGAACCCUUAAUUAAUAGAAAAAGCUGUCAUUGAUUCCAUUGAAGUUGAAGGCCCAAGUGAAGAGAAGAUCUCAUAUCCUGUACUCGAUGUAUAUCAACCACUUUCUCUAAGAAUGUUAAUUUUGUACCCAUUUCUUCUGUUUUUUCUACCAUUGUUAAGUUUAAACCUCAUCAGGAGGACAAAUUGCAGGACUCUGCAUUAACAAAAUUCUCACUUUAUGUUUUCA